AUGGAAGGCGCACACGUCGGCUGGGCCCGCAGUCUCGAGGCGGUCCUCUCGGAUCGGGCGGCUCUCGACGCGUUCCAAGAGUGGCUCAUGGAAUACUCAUCGCCCCAAGUACGUACCCUUUUUUUUUUUUUUUUUUUUUUUUUUUGAUAGAAGAAGAACACCACAUUUUGCAGUACCUCGACUUGUACUUUGCGAUCCGCGCCUACGAACGAAUGGUGUUGGAGGCAAAACCGGAGGUAACUAACUAGCUUCGGGCUAGUUGCAAGCGCGCUCCACUGCAAUGGCACUACGGUAAGCAAUUCGGUUCACUGAGCGGUGUUUGUGCACACAAAUCGAAUUAAAUGACGACAAAAUCGAAGAAAUUAUUUGAAAAAGCGAAGAAGACAUGCUUGAAAGUGGAAAAAAGGUGAAAAGAAAGUAGGUGAGGGCAUGAGAACGAAACGAAAGAAAAAAAAUGUAUGGGAACAACGUUAUGAAUCGAAUUCAUCGAAUUGAGCACUUUUCUGUGAAAAUAUUUGAUCAUGAAGUGAAAAAACUUUGAAAAAAAAGAAAACCCUUUCGAAAACACGUGUUUUCUUUUUUUUUUGACCAGGGAACCCAAAAAUUUUUUGAUUUUUUUGUGAAAUGUUUUUGUGACUGUUUGAAUUGUCUCUUAUUGCCUCAUACACUGGUGAAAUGCUGCCUCUCAAAAAUGCCAAUAAACUAAAACGGCGUGCAGUUGAAGUUGUGGCCGUGGCCUAGCGCCAAUGGCCUAGAAAUAUGCGCUUCUCGGCCAUUUUAUUUUUUCCGCUUUUUUAUCGGUUUUUUUCCAAAAAUUCACGGUUUCUCCCAUUUUUCAGUUGAUUGACAUUUGUUCGGCACUUACUUAUUUUUUCACUGCUAAAAAAUUGUUUUUAUUCAGUCGAUAUGAAGUGCCAAAAUGGGAGAAACCGUGAAUUUUUGGAAAAAAAACCGGUAAAAAAGCGGAAAAAAUAAAAUGGCCGAAAAGCGCAUAUAUUUUUAUAUAUUUUUCGGCCAUUGGCGCUAGGCCACGGCCACAACGUCAACUGCAUGCCGUUUCGUUCAUUGGCAUUUUUGAGAGGCAGCAUUUCACCAGUGUAUGAGUGGCAAUAAGAGACAAUUCAAACAGUCACAAAAAAAUUUCACAAAAAAAUCAAAAAAUUUUUGGGUUCCCUGGUCCUGUAAAAUGCUUUGUGUGCAAACACCGCUCAGUGAACCGAAUUGCUUACCGUAGUACCAUUGGCCGGCCAUUUGCCCAUCCCUUGAUUCAGUGCAAAAAUGGAUGUGUGCGUUUGCAGAAAAGUCAACUGGCCAAGUCGAUCUACUCGAAGUUUCUAUCGUCGCGAAGCGGCAACUGUGAAGCGAUUCCGUCGAAAUAUCGAGCGCCCGUAAGUGUGAUUUGUCCUGCCGCGUCCAAAGUCUCGGAAACGCCGCAAAUCUCGCGGAUUUUGCGGUCUAAAAAGUCGGCAGAAAUUUGCGGAAAAUCCGGGGUGCGCACAGCUGAACGAGUGUUACCGUACACCAUAAAACUACGGUAUUUUUUUGAAAAUUUACCCAAGAAAUUUGAAAAAAAUUGCAAAUAUUGUCGAGAAAUUUAAAUUUUUUUCAAAAAAAUACCGUUGAAAAAUUUACCCAAGAAAUUUGAAUAAAUUGCAAAUAUUUUCGAGAAAUUUAAAUUUUUUUCAAAAAAAUACCGUUGAAAAAUUUACCCAAGAAAUUUGAAUAAAUUGCAAAUAUUUUUCGAGAAAUUUAAAUUUUUUUCAAAAAAAAUACCGUUGAAAAAUUUACCCAAGAAAUUUGAAAAAAAUUGCAAAUAUUGUCGAGAAAUUUAAAUUUUUUUCAAAAAAAUACCGUUGAAAAUUUACCCAAAAAAAUUUGAAAAAAAUUACAAAUUUUUUUCGAGAAAUUUAAAUUUUUUUCAAAAAAAAUACCGUUGAAAAAUUUACCCAAAAAAAUUUGAAAAAAAUUACAAAUUUUUUUCGAGAAAUUUAAAUUUUUUUCAAAAAAAAUACCGUUGAAAAUGAAAAAUUUACCCAAGAAAUUUGCAAAAUUGCAAAUAUUCUCGAGAAAUUUAAAUUUUUUUCAAAAAAAAUACCCUAGUUUUUUUGGUGUACGGUAACACUCGUUCAGCUGUGUGCGCACCCCGGAUUUCUCGCAAUUUUCUGCCGACUUUUGACUGCAAAAUGCGCGAGAUUUGCGGGUUUUCCGAGACUUUGGACGCGGCAUUCGCAAUCGACGAUAAAAGCGACAAUAUUGGGCCGCAGAUUGGCGAAAAAUUGCGACGAGCCGGAGACGUCGACAAUCGAGCAUUCGGACACUGUUCCUCGUUCGUCGUCGACUUUUUGCGGAGGCAACACGAAGCGUUUUUGGGAUCCGACGAGUUUAUCGACGCGUUCAACAAGGUGAGCAUUUGACAGCGACGACCCCCUGAAUGACAUGCGUUUUGUGUUGGAAAUACUGUAUUGCAGGGCUCGGCAAUUGGCCUGGACUUUUGGCGCACUUGCAAUGAUCCGAUCGGACCCAAACUUUGCAGGAUUGGUGGACUUGGAUUGAGGGCCAUUGGGACCAAGUUUCAGCCUGAUUGGAUCGUCGGGUCCCGAGAUGUGUGGAUUAUUGGCCGAUUUUUUUUUGUAACCCUCAUAUCUCGGGACCAGAUGAUCCGAUCGGGCUGAAACUUGGUCCCAAUGGCCCUCAAUACAUGUCCAAGCAGCCUGCAAAGUUUGGGCCCGAUCGGAUCAGUGCAAGUGGUUCAAAAGUCCAGGUCAAGGACCGGCCUGCUGUAUCGUCAAAGUUGUCAUACUUCUGACUAUUGUUGAGCGGAAUUCCGUCUUCCGUGGAUUUUUUUGUUCCGUCUUCCGUCUUCCGGGAGAAAAAUUUCUUCCGUCUUCCGUUUUCUGUGUUCCGUAAAAAAUUUUUCUUCCGUCUGCCGUCUUCCGUCUUCCGUUUUCCGUGUUCCGUAAAAAAUUUUUUCCCGUCUGCCGUCUUCCGUCUUCCGGGAUUUUUUCUUCUUAAUUUUUUCUUCUUUCUUCUUCUUCUUGGAUUUUUUUGUUCCGUCUUCCGUCUUCCGGGAAAAAAAUUUCUUCCGUCUUCCGUUUUCCGUGUUCCGUAAAAAAAUUUUCUUCCGUCUGCCGUCUUCCGUGAGAAAAAUUUUCUUCCGUCUUCCGUGAGAAAAAUUUUCUUCCGUCUUCCGGAUUUCAAAAUUCCAUUUCCGCUCAACUCUGCAAAGCGUUCGGGUUUCCAUUCGUUUUCCAUCAGUUGUAUUAAGAACCCUGACCAACCAUCGGCGCUCCGCCCCCUUCUUCUUGCCCACCGUAAUCCUCGGUUGCAGAUGACGCAUGCCGAGCAGAACGCCGCUCAUCACAACACGGCGGAACGUCGCAAAUCGUCAUCGUCGGCGACGAACACACAUCGGCGAAGUGCGGCACAGACGGCCACACAACUGACCGCCGAGGCGCUGCUCAAAUCGAAACACGACAGACACACGAAACUCGGCGAGACGUAAGUGUUCACAUUUUUAUGCGCAAAUUACGCGAUUUCGGUUCAGAAAACUCGAGAAAAUGUAUCCGCCGACACGUCAGCCGUACGUCUGCAAUGCCACCACUUCGCACAACGACUCGGCCGUCAGUUCGUCGUUUUCCGCCGGGGACGCGCCGAGUUGUUCGCACCGCGCUCAUAAUACCCGGUUGGUUAGUCGUGCACCAUUCGGAGCACGUUUUUUCGGUGGCAGCUUUCAAAUUUCUAUGCCAGGCUACCAGGGCGGGCGCCACGGCGACGAAAAGUCGAGAAAGGGGCGUGGCCUAAUCUGAGACGCGUUUUCUGAAAAUUUCCGCCAUUUUUGUGUUGGAUAUCGACGAAAGAAGACAUUAAAAAGAGAGAAAACAUUGAAAUUUUUGUGAAAACGCCGCGUUUGAGACGUUUUUGGCAUAUUUCGCAAUACGCUCUCCGCGGCCAAUCGCCGCCGCAAUUUCGGAAUUUUCAUACCGGCCGAUCUGGAUAGUUUUGAGACAAAGUGAGUGUCGGAAGUGAUUAAGCACGUUAAUACAAGUAUUUUAAGCGUUCAAACGGCAAAAAGUAUCGGCGAAUGACUGAAAUUCGCGCAUUUUCAGCAAAAAACUUGAAAAUCGAUAAAAAUUGAUUUAUUCUCCCAAUGAAACCUGCUCGUUUUAAGCUCAAAAAGUGCGCAAUGAUUAGUUUAACAAAGGUAUGCAACUAAAUCGUCGAAAUCGUACUAGAUUUGGGUAAUUUUUGACGAAAAACAUUAAAAAUAGGGGGUUAAAUUUCAAAUUUCGCGCCAAAAUGGCUAGGCCACGCCCCUUUCUACAGGGCGCAGAAUCAAACUAAAAGUUGGCUUUAACAGUUCAGGCGAACACUGCAAAAAUUCCAGACACUUUUCAAUGUAUGUUGUUGAUAGAUAACGCAGUGAACUUUGCAGACUGCGUCACGUGCGCGAGGAGCAAGCGCGCGAGAACACUGGCACGUUCACAGUGCCACGUGUCGAGAAAGAGCAUCGCUCGACGGAAGGCCAACAAUUCGAGCAUUCUUCUGAGCACGGAAGAAAAAUAUUCGCCAUCGAGAUCACCAAAAAAUUGCUCCGCCACAUGGACAAGGUGAAACUGGCGGACGAGAUGGAGAAGCACAUUAACGAUAUUCAAGAGUGCCGGUAUACGGUACGUUCGCCUUGAAGACGACGACGACGACAAUAUCAGGAAGUGCCCUACUGUUUUCAGACGAUCGACAUGGUCAACGGGACCGAGGACAACUACAGUAAGAUUGACGAGGACGAGGAGUUGGACGACUAUUUGAAGAUGAAAAUGACGAACGACAACGAUUCGCAGAAGGGCUCGGCGGCGCGCUCCCCGAAAGCGAAUGCCGAGAAGAAGGGGAACACGUCGGGAAGCUCGAAAAACAGUGAGUAA